CAUAUUUGUACACUUUUAUUUUAAUGCAUAACAGAAAAUUAACUUAUUACUUGCUUGGUUUCACACUGCGUCUAAGCAACUGAACCUGGAUUGAUGACAUCUUAUAGCGGUAAUUAAUAAUGCGAUUAGCGUUGCUCGCUUCCUGAAGUUGCAAACUCAGUUUGCAGAUCCCGCUGUUUUUCAAAACGUGCGGGUCGUCAUGGUAUGUCUACUUGUAGACAUUAUGCUUGGAAUUCCUCCUACCGAAGACAUCUCAGUACUGAUUGCUGCAAUGAAACAACCUGAAGACACGGGAGAAGAGUGGACUUUGCAACGAGAAGAAUGGGUUGCACAGCUGGUCGAGCAAUGUCAUCAGUUGUUGGUGCAUGAGGACGAGCUUUACGUCGGUGGAUGGGCGUUGAUUGAGCCACUCAUAGGGUACGUUUCAGUCCUUGUAAAAUUCUAGUUACAUACUGUAGCUUAUUCUUUUAAAGAGGGUCUGAAUGCGGUAACCAGUGACUCGAACGGUCUGUGCCAGUGUAGGUAUAGCGACCAUAAAAAGACAGCUACGGAUUGAUAGGGAUACAGCUACCUCAAUGAUUAGCACACUCCAUGCACUAGAAUUUACGGCUGUACACAGGCUAUCCAUGCACAUGCACUUACAAAUUACAAUCAUGAUGAAGAUCUAGGCUCAGGGUAAAAAGCUUUUCGGAAUAAAUAACGUUCUACAAAAAGAAAUCAAGGAACUUAUUCUGCCUCUUUUCUACCUACAGACCAGACGGAGAGGGUUCCGACUUCGAACAAGAAGUAGUUCUGCUGCUGACUGAGAAAGCCUUCUACAUUGCCAGGUAAUUUUUUGUAGAUAUUGUUAAGCUUAAAAGUAAAAUUUGUUUAGACUAAUUAUAUUGUGCUGAAAAUAAGGUUAAUGAAAUAUUUACAUAGUAUGCUAGGCAUAGUAGGCUAUGAAAUAUUUACAUAGUAAUGGAUUAGGUAAUCUAUUAUUUCCCUUGCAGUUAUGACGAGGAGGAGGAAUGUGUGAAUCAAUACGAAUGUCAACCUUUGGAAAAUCUAGAAAAGAUUGAAAUAGGUAAUUCAUUUCAUGUUUAAUUGUUGCUAAAUAUUCGUUCAGCUAAAUCUUUUGUAUUUGCAUUCUUUUAGGUCAAGACCUAUCCCAGAGGUUUCCGAAUUCCGGUCUACGUCUGCAUUACCGCAGUAAAGAAGAGAGUGGAUAUUUUCACACGUUUAAAGCUCUUCAGAACAGAACUGCUGAUGAAGAUAAAGGUACUGUGUUUUCAUGUUUUAUUAAAAAUGGGCAUUUGCUAAUUUUAUAUUUAUACGGUUGUUCAGUACUGUGCUUUUGUAUUAUGCAGUUUGAUGAUUUGUUUAUUUAGAUGUUUUACAUGGCAUUGCUGAUGAAUUUCGUAAAGCAUCCUUGGUAAUCAAUACAAAGCCAAAGGUCAUUGAAUGCAGAUUGAACAAGUAAGUUAGAGUUCUCUCUGACUAUGUUGUUGUUGUUGUUGUUGUUGUUGUUGUUGUUGUUGUUGUUGUUGUUGUUGUUGUUGUUGUUGUUGUUGUUGUUGUUGUUGUUGUUGUUGUUGUUGUACAUAUGUUUUCAUCCAUACGAACACAACACAAUGUACUGUAAGGAAAGUAUAUUCAGCCUUUAAACUAAACUGACAUACUUUUUUUCCCAGGAAGAAAAGCAAACCCCAUGACGUGAUUCAGCUAUCUUACAAACCUCGACCAUGCAGUGGUAACAAUCAUUAUCGUUGUAAGAAAACAUCGUGUUCUCCCAAAAUAGUUCAUUCAACUUCAGCUCCUGCGAAACUCGACAAAAUGGCUUCUCCUCCGGAGAAAACAACGGGAACGGAAAAUUCUGAGGAAGUAAGCCAAGACGAAGGUAAUAUUAUUGAUAGUAGUUGUAAUACAAAUAAAUCUGGUUUGUAUAAAAGGUAUUUAUCGGCUGGUGCCGAAACUCUGAAACAAAGCGAUGUGUCAGGGGUUAAAAUCACAGAGCAUAAUUUUGAAGGUGAAUUUUUAUCGGAGAGAAGCGAAACAAAUGACAAUACAAAACGUUUGGAUUGUGUAAGCAUGACUGUAAAAACAAGUGAACAACAGGUGAAUUUAAGCGAAGAGGCAAAUGAUGGACACUCCAACGAAAACAACGUAGAUAUUAACUUCGCAAACAAUGCUGAUAGUCCUGGAACUUUAUUAGAGAAAGAUAAUGGGCAGGAAAACUCUUCAAAAGAAGGGAAAUUAAACCAAGUGAGUGAAGAUACUAACCAACAUGACAAAGAAGCUUGCAGGAAAAAAGUUAUAACUGAAAAACAAGGUGCAGUCUCAUCAGAUGUAAAUGCUUCACCAAACCAAGGCAGGCGGGGAAAAGUUGAUCAUAGUAUCGAGGUUGAAACGUCCAAAGAAUUGGACCAAAGCGAGACAAAUUCCGAGAAAAGUAUAAUGAACAGACUUAUUAAAGGCGGAAAGAAAAUAUCGAGUGCAAAUAGCUCACCCAAAAUGACAAGAAAGCAAGGAGAUUCGAAUAAAACUUCCAAUGAAUUGCCAAAAGAAUCUGAAACGAGUUCAAGUUUAACUGCAAAUCUGAAGAAAAACUUUAAAAAUAGAUUUGCAGACAUCUCGAUCAGUUUUCGUAAGAAUGACAAUUCUGUAAACGCUUCCGAAAUACGAUGGCAGUCGGAGGAUUCCGAGGACACUCCGGAGCUCCCGAGGACUGAUGGAAAACGGAAUAUUUUAGCCGCUGCACAGGAACGGGGCAGGGCCUUCAUUCCUGAGCUGAAAAAUAAAUUUACUGGAUUGUCGAAUCGCUCCCCCCGGCUGGAACGGAGAAGGGACUGGGAGAAAGUCAUACAGGAGAGUGGUUGUCGCACUACGAUUAUUCAAAUUUGAAUUUUUAUUUUUUUUAAUUAGGGGACCUAAAUUUGUAUUGCCAUAUUUCUUUGAGUGUAGCAACUAUCUUAACCUCCUCCGCAGGCAACUCGUUAUGGUGAGCGGAGGGGGGGUACUAGAAACUCACUGCACAAUUAUCCAUCAUGAUCCCCUGUUAUUCCAUCAUUUCCCUAUAAGUAUUUCGUAAUUCUGCCUUUGGUCACCGAGUCGUCUGCGGAGGAGGUUGCAACUAUCCUUAGCAUUACAUAAAUAACGUAUUGAAAAGGUUGAAACUGCCUGUGAAGUAGAAUUCAUAAAAUUUCCACGUUGUAUAACUUAUGUAAAGUUAUUGUAAUACACUGAUACUGUAUGCACAAAAUUCACAAAUAUAAAAGUAAAAUAGAAUAAAUAUAUGUUUUGUCAUACCUAUAAUAUCUUCAUAUUGUACGGUUUAUUUCUCAAUAUAUAGUAUAUACAGUUAUUCUUAUUUAAGUUUGCGCAAAAUAAAUAAGUACACAUGCGUAUAUACAAGCCGGCGUAAUAUGAAAUAUGCCCCCCCAAAAACAAAAGUACGCUCCCUGGGCCAAAUUUCCUAGGAAAUAUGUCUCGAAGGGUCUUAUAGUUCAGUGAUUUGUAUUUUGCUAAUUUUCAUUAGACAACUCAAUUAUAAACGAUUUUCAGUUACGAAUACAUAUCUUUCAUUGACAUAUCGAAAACAAAAUCUUCGUUUGUGAUUUUUGUUAUUUUAAGAAAGUAACUCCUCGUGCAAUAAAUUUUACGCAUUAAGAUUUUAAGAACAAAUAUGCAGACGUUUUGCGAGUGUUCUCGAAUUUUGACGAAUGCAAAACAAACAUGUGUAUUCUAGCAUUUUUUGUGUUAAUAGCAGCAGAAAUCAGUCCGGCUGAUUAUUCUACCUCAAUUCCUACCACAGUCUUGUUAAUUUAACGAGGAAUCUGGUUAUAUUUGACCAGCACGUCCUUGUUUAAAACAACUAGACUAUUUUAGAUGAAUAAAUGACGAGGGGGCCCAGGUUAUUUAUCCACCUAACAUAUAGUCUGCUUAAUGUAACCAGAGAGCCCUGGUCAAAUUAACCAGAUGAUAGCAGGGAAAAGGUUCAAAUAACCAGGAAUAUUAAGUUAACCCAAAUAGAGUUAAUUCCAGAUUAACCAUGCAUGAAAAAUUUUAACCAAAAUCUUUUUAGAGUAUAGGUAUAGUAUACCUAACUAGGCUUUUUUUUAAAUCGUCAUAACGGCAACUUUUUUUCUAUCUUUCAAGCAGUUCAUGAGAGACAAACCACGGCAGGCUGGGUGACACUGAACACAUCCUGUGUAAACAGUCGUUCUCAAACAAUUGCGUCAUGAUCAUAUUUGACUUUCACUUCCUGUAUCAUUCUAUGCUAAAUGACGUAUUUGCAUGUGUAUCAAACUUGGGCAAACGCGUUAAACAGUUGGUCGAGUUCACAAAAUUAUGUCGAAAAUUGUUUCUGAAAAAGGUGUGAACAUCACACACUUUAUAGUCAUGAGAGGAUAUACCUCCUUAAGAAAUUUUGACAGCACAAAGUUGUCUAUACGCAUGAUUAAGAGCGUGGGAAGCAAAGUGAAUUUCAUGGGGGCAAUAUAAUGUCUUAGAGCAAUACAAAAGCUAAGCACCUUUUCCGUUGAUUUCCUAAGAAAAGAAAUACUGACCACUUUGGUUAUUAAUACACAUUGGCUAACAACAAGAGUGCAAUUUUAUCGAAAUACAAUGCCAAAAAGAAAUUCAGUGCAAAACAAACUAGGAAAUACUCGUCCUUCGGAUUCGUGCUUGUUUUUUUUUUCAAAAUUGCACUCGAAACCACACUAUUACCUAUAUUAACAUAUCUUCAAAAUCCUUACAUACUGAUUGCAAUUCCCAUACUAUGGAUAUAGUUUGGAAGUAGUAUAUAUGGAUAUACUAUGGAUGUAGUGAUGCGAUCGCAAAUUUCAUAGCAUGAAUUUCACUAUUUUUUUCCAGUGUAAUGUGAUAUUAACCUAUUUACAUGCAAUUAUUCCACCACAUAAAGUUAUCUUUGAGUAUAUACAAUAAUAACGACUUUAUUUAUAGAAGGUGACAGGUAACAGUCCUAAGAGACUGAUAAACUACUGGCCCUCGCUAGCUUUCAGUUGCACAAUGUGUGGCUGUUGACGCUGCUGAAGUUUUCCUCAGAACGAGUUCGGUCGACUGAGUGCGUACAUCAUUAUUUGUCACGUUACCACAUCGUUCUCUGCGUGGCAAAAUCCUUUUCAGCAAUUUGAACGUACUGCGUCGAAACUCUCGGUUAAUCCCCACGUAUAUGAAAGGAUUUGCCAGCCCGUUUAGGAAGCGCACCAUCUGUAUGAUGUAAUGCAGAUCAUGGUACGGUACGUUUACUUUAUGCAGGCUAAAAACCCAAAUAUAACAGAAGAGUGGUAUCCAGGACACUACGAAAGCUCCGAUUAUCAAAGUUAGUGUUUUUGCUGCUUUGAAUUCGCGUUUGAUUCGAUUGGUUGCCGAAGGAUUGCUGUUGUUGAUCUGACGUGCUUGGUACGUAGCGACUUUGUAGAUCCAGCCGUAUGUCAAAAGCAUUGCCAAUAAUGGAAGCAGAAAGCUUGCAAAGGUGAUGAAAAUUAUAUAGCCAUCCGUGAAGAACACGCACUGUCUCAUAUCAAAUUCACCAACGGGAAUUCUAGAUGCGAGAGAGAUCGUGAUAGCGUAGCCCCACACGAAACAAAGAGCCACUAGACAACGUUUUCGUGACACGAUUGUCUGAUAACGUAACGGGUACUUGACGGCCACGAAACGUUCUGCGCUUAUCACGGUGAAACUGAUUAUGGAGCACGUACAACACAACACGUCUACCAUCGAGCCUACUUGACACAGCGUUUUCGAGUCGUCUUUUAUAUACUCUGUGAGAUAAAAGGGAAUUCCAAACACCGCUAUAAGUAUGUCUGCUAUGCCCAAAUUCACCAAGAAGUAAUGCUUAGCUGUUCGUAUUUCUUUGGAAAGCGAGUAGACCACGCACAUGAAUCCGUUCGCCACAAAACUAGACACGGCAAUUAGGAUGAAAACAACCAAUAGAAUCGUUGGUAGUUCGGGGUGAACUUCUUGGAUCCUCUUAGGAAGACACAACUUCUUAUGCGUAGGAAGACACUGACAGUCAAAAUGUGUGCAAGAUUCAUUCCGCAAAUCAAACUCUCCUGUGCCAUUUGCAGUACAGUUUAGAAACAGCUUAUAACAAUUAUAUUUUGCUUCUGUAGAAUUGAGGUGUUUAAUAAGGUCGAAAAUGUUAUUUAGCAGGCUUUGAUUCAUCUUUGUGGACACAAACGUUUGCUGGUGAACUGACUUUAUGGGUGGUGGAUGUGUUGGCGGAAAGUGUUCCAAUUAAAGCGGUCAAAAAGUUGAAGUAUAUAGUCAGUGACGAUGAGGUCAAGGUUAAACAAUACACGACUUUAUCUAUAUAUGCAGUCUUCGAUUUCCGAGGUUUCAGUGUACAGAUAUAUUAGUGUAAGCUGAAGACAAAUUAGUUAAUGAAACAGAAUAGCUUGCAACAGUGAACUCGUACCUAACUCAAAACAAGACCGUUUCUUUCUAUAUGUUAACGAUUUAAAAAGUUUAACCGAUCCAGCUUAUUGACAGCUUGUAAAUAACACCGAAUGCUUGUGACACUCGCAGACGCAGGAGUGUCUAUUCAGUUUAUUUGCAUCGAUAUCAAACCUUUGACUUCGUUCGACUUCCAAAACAUGACUGUUUCUUUUGAGGUUUCUUCCAGUGUUGAUGAUUUCAAAAGUUCGUUCGAG